CGAUCGACUACAACUCUAACAAUAACAUUGUAAUCUUUUAUCAUCGUACGGUAUGUUUAGUUGAUUGUAGCACCAUGGUAUGGAGUAAGGUAAUUGCUACAAUCAGUGACUGAAAGGAACCGAAAAUGGCAUCCACUGUGAAUACGGGUAAUGCUGCACUCAUAGUAAGAGAUAUCCACAAGCACUAUGGCUCAGGGAAGAAUAAAUUAUCAGUGUUGGAUGGUCUUAACAUGACAGUACAUCAAGGCAGUAUAUAUGGAUUACUGGGAGCAAGUGGCUGUGGGAAGACAACGUUAUUACGAUGCUGCCUCGGAAGAUUACGAUUUGAAAGUGGUAACAUCCUCAUCUGCGGAAAGCCUCCUUUGACCAGAGGUCAUGGGGUACCUGGCCCGAUGGUGGGGUACAUGCCUCAGGAGACUGCCCUCUAUAGUGAAUUUACUAUCAAUGAAACUUUGACCUACUUUGGAACAUUGUGUAAGAUGAGUAAAGAAAGUCUACACACUCGCAAACAAUUCCUGCUAGAGCUACUUCAUCUACCAGAACCAAAAAGUCUGAUUUCAAAUUUAAGUGGUGGACAAAAGAGAAGAGUUUCAUUUGCGGUUGCUUUGCUUCACUCACCGGAGCUGCUGAUACUUGAUGAACCAACUGUAGGAGUCGACCCUAUGUUAAGGAUGAGAAUUUGGGAGCACCUUAUAAACCUAACCAGGGAAGGCAAAGCAACUGUUAUCAUCACAACACAUUAUAUUGAGGAAGCUAGACAAGCUGACUGUGUGGGAUUAAUGAGAAGUGGUAAACUAUUAUCAGAAUCUCCUCCCCAAGAUCUUAUGUCUUAUCAUCAAAUGCAGACACUAGAGGGAGUGUUUUUAAAAUUAUGCAUGAAGGAGAGUACUAGUAACGAAGAGGUGGCAACAUUUUCCAGUCAUCAUACAUCAAUGAACGUUCAAGGUGAUGGAGAAUUACAUUUUGAUGAAAUGAUAAAAGAAAAUACAACAGACACAUCCAGGCUUAUCCCUGAUGAUUCAAAACCAACAGUAUCAUUCAAGCAGUCCUGCUCAAAACUGGAAUUUCUACCAAGUUCAAGCAACAUCGCAGCUAUGAUGUUUAAGAGCUUCAUUCGACUCAUCCGUAACCCGGGGUCAAUAGUUUUCAGCUUUCUGAUACCUGUGGUUGAAGUGUGUUUGUUUUGUUUGUGCAUCGGUAAUCCCCCAGCAGGGCUUCACAUGGCAGUUGUCAACUUGGAUACAUCACCUCUCAACUACAGCCAGCGGUUUCUAUGGCAUCUUGACAAUAAGACCAUUAUACAGCAUCCAUAUGAUAACUUCACUAGUGCCUUUGAAGAUGCAAGAAAUGGAAAAUAUUGGGGUACAAUAUACAUGGCACCUACAUAUAGUACAGACUUGGUCAAACGAUUUUUGGAAGGAACAAAAGUUGAUAAUGAAACUAUAGAGGGCAGUACAAUACAUGUUCAACUUGAUUUAACCAAUCAACAAAUUGCUCUUUCACUAGAACAAACACUAUCUUUAGCCUACCAGCAAUUUAUUACAGACCUGCUGAGUAGUAUAAAAGUGCCGAAAAUUAAUCCAGAAAUUGCACAGCUCCCUCUACAGUUUGGUAGUCCAAUUUACGGAACUCAAGACUCUGAUUUUACAGAUUUCAUGGCUCCGGGGGUCAUUCUAAGUAUAAUAUUCUUCUUAGCCGUGGCACUAACUAGUCUAACAUUCGUAAUGGAUCGCAAGGAAGGCUUAUUGGAAAGAACAUGGGUAGCAGGGGCCAGUGCAACUGAAGUGAUGGUGGCGCAUGUCGCGGUUCAGUUUGUCAUCAUGUCAGUGCAGACUACUGUUGUCCUCAUCUUCAUACUUCUCGUCUUUGAUGUGCCAAAUGAGGGCUCACUAUUUUUAGUGAUUUUACUCACCUUGUUGCAAGGCCUGAUUGGGAUGGCUUUUGGUCUGAUGGUCUCUAGUGUCUGCGACAGUGAAAUCUCUGCCAUGCAGUUUUCUCUGGGAUCUUUUUACCCUCUCAUUCUUCUUAGUGGUAUCAUUUGGCCAUUAGAGGGCAUUCCAUAUCCACUGCGUUACUUUAGCCAAAUUAUGCCUCAGACAUAUGCUAUAGAAUGCUUACGGAGUGUUUUAGGACGAGGUUGGAGCCUCAAUUUCUUUGAUGUAUACAUGGGCUUUGUAACCAGCUUUGCUUGGGCCUUUGUUCUUCUUAGUUUAUCAGCUUUGAUGAUUCAUCUGCGGAGAUAACAAUAAUAAUUAAUGAUUUUUAAAAUUGGGAAACACCGUGAUUAAAGUGUAGGCUUUUAGCCAAUAAGUAACGAGUGAGGCUUUUUUGCGUACAUACCUUUGC